AAUAUGUUAUUAACAUGCAGGUUGUCUUUAAAACCAGACAUUUACGGCAAGGUCGAAAUCGUCAUUGGUGUAGGUAGAAUUUCCUUUUAGCCAACACAACUAGACCUGUACCUCCCCUCCGCGAGCAACAAAUUUAAGCGUAACGAGGAACGUUCGUAAGAAGUGCAACAGUUCUUUAUAAAAUUGCGUGAAACGAGAAAUACCGUGCGAGUUUUCAUAUAAGCGUAGAACAGGGUAUGCGUCGCUUGUGACAUAGAACGGUUUUAAAUUUAAAAUUUUAUUUUUUUAAGUUCCGUUUCAUAGUGUUGUGUAACCUGCCAGUGUUUUUGAUGAAGUUUCCUUUUGGAAUUGUGAAUGAUUCGUUGCCAUGAGCCUGUCCAACAGCCGCAAUCAGUUCUUGGCGUUCGAGUCCCACAACCAAGACAACAUUCAAUAUGAGAGAAAAGGAGGCAUCUUCGUCACAACUUGUAUCUGCGUCUCUUUCAUCCUCUGCGCGGUUUUGGUGACGACCCUAGUCGGCAUAAUAGUGUACUUUAUUACAUACUUUAAGUUGUCACAAUCUGUCGGUACCAAUGACUUCUGGAACGAAGCUGAACCUUUUGGUCACAACGGACCACCGUCUCCUGACCUCCGCCUCCCCUCAGCCGUGGUCCCCAGCUUCUACCGCUUAAAACUAAGAACAGACCUUGAUAACUCAAACUUUAAAGGAGAAGUCUACAUAACUAUAAAAGCUAAAAGCAAUGUCAAGGAAAUCAUCCUUCACUCGAAAGGUCUAAGUAUUAAUGAUAAAGCAAAGCUUACGGAACAAACUUAUGAGGAAAUUCAAACAUCGCACAGGAAGAAACGGGAAGAACCUGCUAACAAUACAAUAUCGGAGAACCCUACUACUGCUACUACUGCAAAUACUCUAAAUGUAACAAUAAAAGAAGUUGAAGCACAGAAAUCCAAUGAAACUGUUGCACAAUCAAGCAAUGAACAUAAUGAAACCACACAAAUUAAAUUAAACACAAAUGUAACAAAGGAAACUGCCAAUGAUGCACCUGCAAAUGAAACAACAAGAGAGAUUCCUAUUCCUAAUAACACCGUUUACACUACAGUAACUAAUAUGAAUACCCAUGUGACCCACAGCAGUGCGCGGAAUAUACAGAUUACAUCUAUCACUCAAGGCUCAGGAGACCGGUUGAUUAUAAAAUUGGCUUCUACAUUGAAACCUGAUGUGGACUACGUAUUGGAGCUCAAUUUUGAAGGGAAGAUCUCGGAUGCAAUGACUGGUUUUUACAAGAGCACUUAUACCAGCAAUGAUGGCCAAAUCAGGAGUCUAGGGGUGACACAAUUCGAGCCUACAUCAGCGCGCGCGGCAUUCCCGUGCUUUGACGAACCCGCUUUUAAAGCGAUGUUCGAGAUUAGUAUAGCGCAUCCGAGUAAUUUGACAGCCCUGUCGAAUAUGAAGGUUGCCUCGCAAGAAGAUAUCCCCGACUCGCCAGGCUGGAGAUGGACGCACUUCGACCGCUCCGUCAACAUGUCCACGUACCUCGUCGCCUAUAUCGUGUCCGACUUCAAAUCCGUCGAAACCACGUACGUCAGCAAGGAUAACAUAACCAAGCCUAUCAGAAUCUGGACGCGUCCAGAACUGAUUAACAAGGCGAGCUACGCGCUCACAAUCACGCCGAAACUAUUAGAAUAUUAUGAGGAGGUGUUUGGACUGCCUUAUGCGCUGGAUAAACUGGAUCUGAUCGCUGUCCCGGAUUUCUCGAGCGGAGCUAUGGAGAACUGGGGACUUAUUACAUUCAGAGAGACGACGCUGCUGUUCUCCGCGGCGGCGAGCGGGCCGCGCGACAAGCAGGGCGUGGCGGUGGACGUGGCGCACGAGCUGGCGCACCAGUGGUUCGGCAACCUGGUCACCAUGGCGUGGUGGACCGACCUCUGGCUCAACGAGGGCUUCGCCACCUACGUCGAGUACGUCGGCGUUGACCAUAUCGAGCCCGAAUGGAACAUGUUCGAGUCCUUCUCCAUCGACAAGAUGGACCUCCUGCGCUCGGACUCCCUCAAGAACACCUCCCCCGUCUCCAGGAAGGUCAUCGACGCCUCCGAGAUCUCGCAGAAAUUCGACGAGAUCUCAUAUACGAAGGGGGCGAAUUUAAUUCGAAUGCUGAACCAUACUGUAUCAGAAGAAUUGUUCCAUAAGGGACUACUGAUAUAUUUAAAUCAAUGGACUUACUCAAACGCGGAAGAGAACGACCUCUGGGCAGCGAUGUCAACGGCGGUCAAGUCGGACUCGAACCUGGGAGAACUGUCAGUCGUGGACUUCAUGAACUCGUGGACCCGCCAGGCCGGAUAUCCGGUUGUCAACGUGAACAGGAACUAUGAGACGGGCGAUGUUAUGUUUGAACAGAAAUUAUUCACAAGCUCCGACGACCCCUACCAAGCUAUGAUCGACCAGCUCUGGCACAUCCCCAUCAGCUACGCUUUGCCAAGCCAAGCCAGUCCGUCGGCCGCGCCCCGGCUGUGGCUGAAGGAGCGCUCCGUCAUCGCGCACCUGCCCGUCGGUCACACGCAAGCGCUCUACGUCAACGUUGACGCCAUUGGCUACUACCGAGUGAACUACGACACCAAAAACUGGGAGCUCCUCAGCGCAGCCCUGAAAUCCGGACACUUCAAAUCACCAAUCACGAAAGCCCAGCUCAUCGACGACGCCUUCAACUUGGCCAAGUUCUCACACAUGAACUACAGCCAGGCGCUGGGGCUGACGACUUGCGUCAUUGAGGGCGAGGACUCGAAGGUUGUUUGGGAGUUGCUGCUGAAUAAUAUGGGAUUUAUCAAGUAUAAUAUUAGGAGUACUUCUGGAUAUGUAUACUUGCAGGACUACAUGAAAAUCUUGCUACAAAAGCAACUCGAACGCCUAAACUUUGGCCUGAAUAAACCCAAAGAUGACAAUGAGGCGUUCCUUAUAGAGAACCUUGUGAUGUGGGAGUGUGAGGUAGAGGCCCCUCGAUGUCUCAAGUGGGCUCAAGAGGAGUUCACCAAAUGGUCGACACAGGACGACCUUAGCAAUAACUCCAUACCCGUCUACCUCCGUUCGCUGGUAUACAAUAUGGCGAUCAAGAAAGGCGGGCGGCGCGCCUUCGAGUUCUUUUGGGACGCCUUCCAAAACGCUACGGACCCUAAUGUGAAGACCCUAAUUAUUAACAACCUACCAUCUACUAGGGAUCCGGCUUUGAUCACACUACUCCUAGAAAGAAGCCUAAACGACCUACCCAAUCAAUACGCAUCCACGGUAUGGGGCGUGGAACCAACAGUAGGAACGAGGAUCGCCCAAGAUUUCCUAAUAAAGAACUUCGACUUGAUCUACAACAAGUUCACCAGCAUGGAUGAGUUCACUUUCCCGGGUAUACUGAACGGAGCCUUCGGGUUCAUCACCAGUGAAGAUGAACUUAAUAAGUUUAAAUCGUUCGCGCUGCAACACAAGGACAAGUUGCUUCCAGUAUCCCAGACGCUACAAAAAAUGAUGGACACCGCAAAACUAAGGAUCGAGUGGAUGAAGCGACACGCUCCUACUGUCAACGCGUGGUUUAAAGACUUUGUCACUACUCACAAAAAGUCCGCAUCAGAAACCCCCACUACAACCACGCCAGUAACGACAACGCCCAGUACCAAAAAUGCGACACAAACUAGUAUCGGUAACGAAAUCGGUACCGCAGACAGCACUACCGGUAACGUAGAACAAAACGGUACAAAUUCAACCCCUGACAUUAAUAGCACCACCACCACAACUAGUCCAGAAAUCUAAUAUUAAUGAAAUAAAAAUGUUACAAUCCAAGGUAUCUAAUAAAUACAUGUCAAAUUCACAUACUGUCACUAUCGACUUAAUAGUAUAAGUAAGACAGUUUGCUUGAUAUUUGACACUAUAGGAUAAGACGAUAUGAAGGUAACCAAUUAUUUUAUAAGAUUUUUCAUAAAUAUUGAAAUCAUAAUAAAAAAAAUUGGCUACGCAUAAUGAGCUUACCGCGAAAUGUAUUUUACAAACGACCGAAUUGACGAAUAUUUACGAUUCACGGUACCGGUAUUUUUUUUAGUAUCAGUAAAAAAUACCGGUAUCAAACCUGGUAUCAGUGUAACCUUGAAUUAUUUUUGCUUUCUUUUAAAAACGUGUCUGUUCCUAUUGUCACAUGUUUUAGUGUUUCUUAACUGUAAAAUAAGUGGUCGCUAAAUAAAUUCAAAUUAAUUACAUUUUCUAAACAACAUCACAGAAGUUAGUUACAAAGAACAUAUCAUCUUCAACUAACUACUACAUUCUAGUUUUUUUUAAACCAAAACAAGAAAACUGAGUUGUUAAAGUAUCUUAUAGGUUUUUGAACUCUUGGCAAAUCGAACAUCAGUUUUUUGAUAAAAUGGUAUUUAUAACAAAUAUUUAAAAUGUUUUUCUAUUUACAUUUGUUCAAAUUUUAAAUGUGUGUUCAGAUGUUCAAGUGAUAAACUUAGGAAUCAAAAAGCUCUCAAGAAAAUGUGUUUUAUUGUAAUUAAAAUGUAUUGUAUUGUAUUCAUUAAUUUUAUUUUUAUAUAUUUUCGUGGCUUUUAAAACAAUAAUAAUAAACAGUGUAAUCUCUAUCAUGUACAAAAUAAAUAAAUAAUAAUCAUAUAAAAUUAGUCCUCUAAGUAUUUUUAAUUUCUACAGAUUUUAUUUAAGUUUUAAUGUUAAAGAUAAAACUCAUAUCCAUAUCUAAUUAAAUACAAUUAUAUGAAAAUUCGUACAAUGGAUAAAUUUUAAUUUUUUUUUUAUAUUUUUUCAAACGAUAUUUAUAAAUAAAUCUAGUUACCUACCUAUUAUUUAUACCUACUAAAAAACAAUGUCUCUAUUUCUGUAAAUCGCUUAGUGUAUUUCUUUUAGUGGUAGUGCCAACUUUCAUCUUUGGCAAUUUUACCUUAACCUUUACAAAGAAUAAGGGUGUCAUGAAUUAUGCAAAAUUGAACCAUAUCACUUUAAAAUAAAGUUCAAAAUCAAGUGGGAAAUAUAUUCCCUCUGCCUUAUAAAGGCUUAACAGAAUGUGACGUUUCAUAAUUUUCCCGUCAAAUGUCAUGACCAAGGCUCGUAAACGGUUUUUAAAAUACCGUUAAAAAACUUUUAUAAGAACGCGAACGUUUUAAGAACUUUAUUGUAACCUAAAAAAACCGGUAUAUUCGAUAAUUCGACGAGCGACGCAACGGCCGGUCGGCUUGGUGGUGUGCUACGUAAACAUCGACAUAGGAAGAAUCCGGUUUUUAUUGUUCUAAACCGGUUAAUUUGCCAAGAACUCUUCUCAUAAUAACCGGUUUUUCGUAGCGAAACCGAAAUUAAAAGAUUUUUUACGCCAAGUACAUGAUAACGGUUUGGAAAUUUGGUCAUGACAUAUACGGGCCCUGCUAAUUAUAGACAGUUACAUUUCUGGAGUUGCCGGCGUCCAUAGGCUACGGUGACUGCCUACCAUCAGGCGGGCCGUAUGUUUUUUAUUAAAAAAGCAUACACUGCUUUAUCUAUGUGCUGGCCGUUAUUUGCGGUUUUUGGAAGUAUCAUAGAGGGUUCAUGAUAUGUGUGUAGAUAAAGUUAUUAAAGGUGAAUUGCCUCAGAUGUAAAAUGUAAUCCUAGUUCCUAUUUUCUGUGUCAAAGAAACGUCUAAAUGUUGUCUUAUCAAAUGUUUGUUUGUUAAAAGCAAAGAGAUCAUUGAAGAGGUGUAAAGUCGAAGACAAAUUCGACCUUCUAAUUAGACAGCAGGGGUCCAUUUCUCGAACGGGUUUAGUGUAAUUCGUGUAUUCGCCUAAUUAUCAUUCGUGUGUUACCAUGGUAACCCAUACGACUUGUCAGGGCGCCAUUUCUCGAACGGUAUUAGUAUGGAAGGUGGAGGUAAGGAAUGGAAUCUCCAUGUACCUAAAAUUGUUAUCAAAAAACCUUAAAUAGGUGGCGCCACAAUAGCUAGAAUACUUAAAGAAAAAAAACAAAUCAUAGACGCACUUCACUCCGUCAAUAACGCCUAGGUUCUUAGCUACUCUAGCGCUACUCUGGAGAGAUUUGGAACUAUUAUUUAUAGCUGACAGCUGGACACUUUUGCGACAGUUCUACCAUAAGAGAUUUCACUCCUUGUAAUUCCACACUCCAUAGGUAUUUGACUAAUAUUAUUAGUCCACGAACUGUCAAGUCGUAUGAGUUACCACGGCAACACACUAAUAAUAUUAGACUAAUACCGUUCGAGAAAUGGGCCCCUGUUCGUAUACUAAUAUUAUAGGCCCCUGAUGUAACUGGCACUAUAUAACUCCGUACAUUAUGCGGUAACUGGUUGUCAAAAUUUGACCUUUUUUAAAAAAAAAGGCCCAUUUCUCGAAUGGUAUUAGACUAAUAUUAUGUAUUAGUUCAUAAACUGCCAAAUCGUAGGGGUUACCAUGUUAACACCAACACACUAAUAAUAUUAGUUUCAUACCGGAGUCUAUUUCUCGAACGGUAUUAGACUAAUAUUAUUAGUCCGUGAACUGUCAAGUCGUAUGGGUUACUAUAGCAACACACUAAUAGUAUUAGUCUAAUACCGUUCGAGAAAUGGGUCCCUGCUACUACAAAACAACCUAGCGGUAGCGCCGUACAGCGCCAUCUUUAGUUGUCAAUUUUCGGGGGCACGAUUUCUUGUACUUUACACAUCUUAUACAAUAAAUGAAUCUUUGUUUAAAAGAUUAAAUCGAAAAUAAAUGUUUGCAUGUGUGAUAAAUAUAUUGUAUGUUUUAAUAAAGAUUAUUGAAAAUUGA